AUGGAAGCGAAGGACCAAAUGAAGAACGACGAUCCUGCAGCAGAGUCUCCGACUUCUGUCCUUGAAGAAGAGGAUGCUUGCGGUGAGAAAGGGGAAGUUAAGUUGGAGGAAGAGGUGCUUGCAGAUAUUGAAGAUGAUGGGUCCUCGCUUCUACCAAGUACAAUGGCAAAGGAGGAAGUGAAGUUGCUCAAAGCUAGGAUCCAGGAAGAUGAGGCGCAGUGUGAGGAGGCACCAAACCUCAAUGACACUCAGUUUAACAAAUUGGAUGAGCUUUUAACGCAAACUAAACUAUACUCCGAGUUUCUGCUGGAGAAGAUGGAUGACAUCACACUUACUGGGGGUGAACAAGAGAAUGAGGGUGUGGAAGAGAGCAAGCCAGCUGCAAAGAAGGGCCGUGGCUUCAAAAGAAAAACGGCCUCACAGUAUAAUACUAGGAAGGCCAAAAGGGCUGUUGCUGUCAUGCUUACAAGAUCUAAAGAAAGUGAGAGGACUGAAGAUAUUGACAUGAGUGAGGAAGAUAGAGUUGAGAAAGAGCAGAAGGAGCUUAUGCCUUUACUGACGGGUGGAAAAUUGAAGUCUUAUCAACUAAAGGGUGUAAAGUGGUUGAUUUCCUUGUGGCAAAAUGGAUUGAAUGGAAUUCUUGCUGAUCAAAUGGGUCUUGGGAAGACAAUCCAAACGAUUGGGUUUCUCUCACAUCUGAAAGCGAAAGGUCUGGACGGGCCAUACAUGAUAAUUGCUCCUCUAUCUACCCUCUCGAAUUGGGUGAAUGAGAUUUCUAGGUUUGCACCAUCACUCCCUGCUAUUAUCUACCACGGUGACAAGAAACAGAGAGAUGAAAUCCGAAGGAAACACAUGCCUAGAACGAUUGGACCAGAAUUUCCCAUAGUAAUAACUUCUUAUGAGGUUGCUUUAAAUGAUGCUAGGAAAUGUUUCAGGGCAUACCAUUGGAAAUAUCUUGUUGUUGAUGAGGGACACAGGCUCAAAAACUCAAAAUGCAAAUUAGUGAAGAUGUUGAAAUGCAUAACUGUAGAAAAUAAGCUUCUUCUAACUGGGACUCCUCUACAGAAUAACUUGGCGGAGCUAUGGUCGCUGUUAAACUUCAUUUUACCUGAUAUUUUUGCAUCGCUUGAAGAAUUUGAGUCAUGGUUUAAUCUGUCAGGCAAGUGCAGUAAUGGGGCAACCAAAGAAGAAAUGGAAGAGAAAAGAAGGGCCCAAGUAGUAGCCAAGCUUCAUGGUAUUCUUCGACCUUUCCUUCUGCGUAGGAUGAAGUCUGAUGUUGAGCUGAUGUUGCCACGGAAAAAAGAGAUCAUUAUCUACGCAAACAUGACUGAGCAUCAGAAGAAUUUGCAGGAUCAUUUAGUUAAUGAGACGAUGGGGAAAUAUUUAAAAGAAAAGUUGGCAAUUGGUAAGAUUUGUUUCCAGAAGCUCAAUAAUUUGGUUAUUCAACUUAGGAAGGUCUGCAACCAUCCUGACCUUGUAGAUUCAAUCUAUGAUGGUUCAUAUGAAUAUCCUCCUCUAAAUGAGAUAAUUGAACAAUGUGGAAAAUUUCGUUUGCUUGACCGAUUGUUGGAACAGUUAUUUGCACGGAAUCACAAAGUUCUGAUCUUCAGUCAGUGGACUAAAGUGUUAGAUAUAAUGGAUUAUUAUUUUAGUGAAAAGGGCUUUGAAGUUUGCAGGAUUGAUGGUAGUGUGAAACUGGAUGAUAGGAGACGACAGAUCCAGGACUUCAAUGAUGUAAACAGCAAUUGCAGAAUCUUUCUUCUUUCUACUAGGGCUGGUGGAUUGGGAAUCAACCUUACUGCAGCUGACACUUGCAUUCUAUAUGACAGUGACUGGAAUCCUCAGAUGGAUUUACAGGCCAUGGAUAGAUGUCAUAGGAUAGGUCAAACAAAGCCUGUUCAUGUUUACAGGCUCUCAACUGCUCUAUCUGUAGAGGGUCGUAUGUUGAAAAGAGCUUUCAGUAAGUUGAAACUUGAGCAUGUGGUGAUUGAGAAAGGACAGUUUCAUCAAGAACGUUCGAAGCCUGUCAACACGGAUGAAAUGGAGGAAGAGGAUGUUUUAGCAUUGCUUCGAGAUGAAGAAACAGCCGAAGAUAAAACGUUACAAACAGAUAUCAGUGAUGAAGACCUGGAGAAGCUUUUGGAUCGCAGUGAUCUUGUUGUCAAUAACUCAAAUGACGAUAAAAACUUCAAAGAUCCAGUCAGUUCCUUUCCCCUUAAAGGGCCUGGGUGGGAGGUGGUGAUUCCAACUGCGACUGGUAGCAUGCUUUCUACUCUUAACAGCUAAUUCCUCGUCCGUCUCUGCGUCAGAACUAUUAAGGCUCACAGUUAAAAAAAAUUGUUUUUUGUGGUAUGAGAUGUGAAGACUUUUUGAGACGUUCUCACAGAAAGAUAUCUCAGAGCCAAUGUCCUGUAGGGCAUCCCUUUUUGUAAAUGCCUCUAAAAGAACUACGUGCACAAAUGAUGCUACUUUGUGUUCAUUAUUUUUGCAUGUCGGAAUUAA